AUUGAACUAGUGCUCGCGGACAAGUUCAAUGCAAUGUUUAGUAUAGUAUAUAGAGUUCUGCUGCUCUCUGUUUUCAACUGGAAUGCAUUGGAAGCAGCUAAAAUAUUGGGAGUUUUUCCAACACCUUCGAAAUCCCACUGGAUAUUGGGUUCAUCGCUACUAAAAGAAUUAGCUCUGGAAGGACAUGAGGUUACUGAUAUGAGUCCAUUCAAACUUUCGGAACCACCGGCAAAUUAUCAUCAUGUUGAAAUUAAAGUACAGAUGGAGUUUUUCAACGAUUUGCUUGAUAAUCUCUUCAAAAACCAUGAUAAAAAUCCCGUUCAAAAGAUGAUUGAAAUGUACAGAGCCAUCAACAAUGUGUCCAACAGCACACUCCGGUCUCCGGAAGUACAAGCAUUGCUACGAUCUAACCAGCAGUUCGACUUGGUGAUUUUGGAAAUUUUUCUUGAUCACGCUUUGCUUGGAUUCGCGGAGCACUUCAAAUGUCCCAUUAUCGGAACGACCACUCAUGGUGUACUGGACUGGAUCAACUUACUGGUAGGAACACCUCAGCCCCUGUCCUACGUACCACAUGUGCAUCUUCAUUUCACCGAUCGUAUGAACUAUUGGCAACGGCUAGCGAACGUGCUUUUCAACCUUCUUGACAAGACUUUACUAUCCAUACUGGUCGAUCCGGUGCAGGAUCAGUUGUAUCAAGAAGCAUUCCCGAAUGCUAAGAGGUCUCUAGAUGAGCUGAGGAAGCAUGCAGUGUCGUUGGUUUUGGUGAACAGUCACUUCAGUCUUAGUUUCCCGCGUCCAUAUGUUCCGAAUAUGAUCGAAAUCGGAGGGUUCCACGUGAACCGUAAAGCUAAUCCUCUGCCAUCGAAUAUCCGCAACUUUAUUGAUAACUCAACACAUGGUGUGGUCUACUUCUCCUUAGGCACCAAUCUCAAACCAUCGAAAAUAGAACAGGAGAAGCGGGAUGCCAUACUGAAGGCACUAUCAAAACUAAAGCAAACCGUAAUAUGGAAGUGGGAUGACGAAUCUCUAGUGUUGGAUAAAAAUAAGUUCCUUCUGGCGAAAUGGCUUCCCCAGGAUGACAUUUUGGCUCAUCCGAACGUGAAACUAUUCAUAACCCACGGGGGACUGCUGAGUUGCACCGAAUCAAUUCACCAUGGGAAGCCGGUAGUGGGAAUUCCUAUUUUCGCAGAUCAACUUUUAAACAUGGCCCGCGCGGAACUGGCCGGUUGGGGUGUUGGAGUUAGUUUUGGGAAUCUCACCGAAGAAUCUCUCAGUCUUGCACUGAACGAGGUGCUCAAUAAUGAAAAAUACGCGAAUAAUGUGCAAACUAUUUCCAAACGAUUGCGUGAUCAACCCUUGCUGCCAAUGGAUCUGGCCAAGUAUUGGGUGAACUAUGUCCUCCGACAUGAUGGUGCCGAGCACAUUAAAUCCUCUGCGCAAUACCUCAACUUUAUCGAAUAUAACAACCUUGACGUGUACUUCUCCAUUGCGGCUUUGUGUGGACUGGUUCUAACUCUGACAUUGAAGUUGAUUUGCGUAGUUUUCAUGUGUUUGAAAAGGAAUCCGUCGCAGCUACGAAAGAAGAAAAUGGACUAGGGUGGACGUUCCCUAAUUUAUUUUAGUUCCUUUAUUUGUUUUAUUUGUUGGUGAACUUGGUUCAUGUCAACGUCACAAUUCCAAUCAUCUCGACACGCAAUGUUUCCCCUAAUUAUAGCAUCAUUUGCUAUAUGUAUAAUCAUAUAUUUUUCUCCGGAGAACAUUAAUCACUCAUUUUAAAAGAUAUCAUAGAAAUUUGAAAAACAAAUUAAUUAGUUUGUUUUAGGAAAAGACGUUUUUCUAAAUAUCGAUUGGGUUAUUUUGACAUUGAUUGAAAAUUAAAAAUAUUAGAAUAGUUAUAGAUUUGGCGUUUCGACUACGUCUCAUCAGAAUCAGCAACAAGCACUAGCGGAUUGACGAUAGUUACAAAAAAUGAGACACAAUUUCUGAUCCUAAGCAAACCCCUAGUCAAGUGUGAUAUCCCGCAAGAAAAGAAGUUCUGAUUAAACUUCUCAGAACUAAAGGGUGUUCCGAAGAAUUUCUUAAACAAGAAUGUGUGUAAAUCAGUCAAACUUUCAAUCAAAUUAUGUUUCUUUCGCAUGUUCAAUUGGGUCAUUAAAUGAGAAAAAAUAAUGUUUUUUUAUUACAUCAUACAUCGAUAAAGCUAAUUUUCGUGAUCACAACAAAAAAAAUUUCCAACUCAGGAAAUGUGAAAAUAAAAUUUAAAUUU